AUGAUCAUCACACCAUGGGUUGUCUUCGCACUCCUCAUACUCGGAGUUUCCCUUGCAUCUUCUACACAGUCUGAUAAUCCUUCUUCCGCCACGUCACUCCCUUCAACCUCAACACCACGUCCAACUACGCAAGCAGAGUUUGACCAAUUUGUUCAGGAAAUUAAUAACGUACGCCGGUCGUUUGCAAAAAAACACAAUAUUGCUGACAUGCAUGAGCUGACAUGGAAUGAAGAACUUCUACUUGAGACUAAAAAAAACAAGAUUUGCAUGAUGAACUAG